UUUUCUCUACCUAACCUAACAUUGGCUUUCAAUUUAACAUACUAAUCGAUUAAAAGUAAUUGAAAUUGUUAGACAAUGAAUUUCAUUAUUCUUUUACUCAUAUUUCCCCUUUAUGUGGAUGCAGAAAAUCUUGAUUCGUCACAAUUGGCGGAAGAAUUAUAUAAACAGUUAUUCAAGAAACAGAGAGUAAAUCAUUUGGAAGCGAUAAAAUCUUUUAGGAAAAUUUCACAUUAUGAUAAACAAUAUUCGAUGAUUCAAAUGAUGGCUGAAAAAGUUUUUAGCAGUAUUCAAGAAAAUAGGGCAUCAAUUGAAGCUUCUGCGUUUAUACCAGGAAUAUCUGAAUUUCCUUCAGAGGAUAGAGUGAGAGAGGCCCUCUCAAAUAUACUUGAAAAUACUGCAUUAUUUUCAGAAAUAAUCAUCCGUUAUCCUGAUAUUGCAGUUGUUGUUUUAAAAACCAAUAACAACUGGGAUGUUCUUCUGCAGUGGGGUAUAGCUUUUUCCAAUCAAAUGAGGUACUUACUUGAUAAUAGCACCAUCAAAUUGCUUCAUCUAGUCAGUCAAGAACUCAAUCAUGUUGAUCGAGAUCCAAAUUAUAUAAACCCAUAUAGAAAAAUUAAACCUAAUGAACAAAUUAACCAGAGUUUUGUUCUUAAAAGAAAAAAAAAGAAAAAAAUGAAAAAGGGACCAAGAAUGGUUAUUCAUAAUGAAUUAUGAAAAGAAUAAUGGCAUAAAAUGGUUUAAAGUUCCUCAGAUGCACAAUGCAUUUGGUUGCCAACCACGAUGACAAAAAUAAAGAUAACAAGUGAUACGAUUGCUGGGAAUAAGUUUUGGUGGAUAGUAACUUUGAGCUCAUUCAUUUAAUAAAAAGUAUGCACCAAUCUUGAUACUAUACAAUACCUCAUUAUUCUUUAAAUAAAUAAACAUUGAAACCUG